GUGAGGACGGGCCUCUCUCAUUCCACUCCUCGCGUGUUACGGCCUCGCGUCCUCGGUCGCCCUCUUCCUUCUUCCUUACCUGCUUCCCAAUUAAUCGAUUGACCAAGUCUUAUACAUCAGAGUGUUCGUGUCGGAGAAGAAUAAGGAUUACAUCGUGGAGACGUUGAGCCGAUCGCACGCAUCAGGAAGCGGAUGAUUAAAAUAUCCCGGCGAUCCAAGCAGCGGAUGAUCCUCUGACACCAGUCUCAAAGCACGCAGGUCUUCCAACUCGUGGGUGGUGACCACACCGCUGCCCGCUUCCGCACCCUGCUGAUCGCCGUUCCAUCUCUCCCUCCGCUCCUCCCUCUUUCUUUUUUUGUACGUGUCAUCGCGUCUCCAUUUCCCGAUGAAGAAGCCGAGCGGUACCCGGCGCCUUGGCAUCGGCGGCGGAGUCGAGCUCGGCGGCGACCGCCUCGUGAUCCGCCUACCGGACCCCCGCUUCCUCCGCCUGGUUGCCCGGUCGAUGCUCCUCGCCGCCGCAAUCCUCUCGUUACCGUGGCUCCGUGGCACCCUCCUCCGCCGCGGCGACGCCGGAGAGGUCACAGCCAGCCGGCGGGCCAUCGACGAUGAGUACAUGCUCUUCGCGGAGCUCCUCCGCGAUCUGCGGCGCAUCGGGCUCCUUCGUCCCAAGAGCAACGUCGUCAUCCUCAACGAUCCAACACUCGGCGUUCGCAACACCGCGGUGCCGGACAGCUCUGCGGACUUCGUGUUCUCCGUCUCUGCCGGUGAUUUCCAUCGCAUCGACCAGAUCCUGAAGAUCGGCGGCGUCGCGGCCGUCCGAUUGAGUUCCGAUCCGUCAGAAUCAUUCCGGUCGCCGGCGAACUACCGCACGGCGUACGUCAGGCAGAUCGGCUCAUCCGUGGUUGUCGCAAUGACGAAGUCCUUCGCCAGCGAAGGGGGGAUUCGGCUGCGGCGGCUGCUGGCGGUGCCGAAGGCGAAGAAGGAAGCCCUAAGUGGGCUGGAAGGCGCGCUGCUGGAGCCGCCAGGCCGGCGCGGAUGGCGGAGGAGGACGAGAUACCUGCCGGAGUUGACGGGGGACGAGCUGGACGGGUACCCGCGGCGGGUGUUCGUGGAGGUGGUAGCGGCGGGGGAGGCCGGCAGCGGCGCGGCGUGGUUCGAGCAGCACUACCCGAGGAAGGGCCGGGCCUUCGAGGUGAUCCGGGUGGAGGUGGAGGUGGAGGAGGAGGAUGAAGAGGAGCCAGAGGAGGGGGCGUCACAGUCGCUGGCGGAAUGGCUGGAGAGGAACGUGAGGGAAGAGGAGUACGUGGUGGUGAAGGCGGAGGCGGGGGCGGUGGAGGAAGCGGUGGCGGAGGGGGUGAUCGGGCUGGUGGACGAGCUCUUCCUGCAGUGCGAUCACCAGCUGUGGGAAGAGGACGAGAGGAAGAAGAAGGAGAAGGAGACGACGAGGAGCGGGCGGCGGGCAUACUGGGAGUGUCUCGCGCUCUACGGGAAGCUGAGGGACGCCGGCGUCGCCGUUCAUCAAUGGUGGAGCUUCUGAAACAAAAGAAGGAGAAAGAGAAGAGAGGAGAGAUGCGAAGGGGAAGAAGAAGCGAUCGAGCAAGGAACCGAGUCGAACGCAUGGAUCGAAUGACGGAAAGCGUGAGCAGAUUGGAUUAGGGAGGCGUCUAGUUGGGCGGAGGUCAUUUGAACUACUUCUGAAUCCGGGAAGGAAGUGUCCCCAUUGUACAUUUUGAGCUGAACGUUUUGCUUUCUUCCUUGACAUGAUGGAAAUGUACAUUUUUAGGAGUUUUAGUACAAAAUCCAUAGUUUUCUUUCUUGCUUUA